GCAAACGCUACAGAGCUUGAUUUGGCCUCUGCAUGCCUCCAGAAACUCUGCAAUUGCGUCACCCCCUCCGUCCACAAUUUCGGAUCAAGCAUAAAUGGGCUUUUAAGGCGUCCUACGUGAGCUCUUGCGGAUAGGAAGAUGGAUGAGGAAACAUGCAGGGUGAGGUCGGGGAACACCCUGGAACGCCGUCAUCGGAUGACAUAAAACGGCACUAUUUCAGGUGGACCCUGUCGUCUUAAAUUAUUCAUAUGUUUUCACUGCGGCGCACCAACGUGCAGGUUGUGUUGGUAAAAGUACUGUACAGCCGAGCAAGUGGCACAUCGUCAAGACUACGAGCUAUGAUUUGGACGAUACUUUUGAUUGUCCAGGGCAUCCUUAUCUUAUUCAUACUUGUUUCGAAACGCUCUAGGUCAGAGAAAGAGCCACCUUUAGACAAAGGAGUUAUUCCGUGGUUAGGCCAUGCCCUUGAGUUUGGAAGAGAUGCUUCCAAGUUCCUAACCCGUAUGAAGGUGAAGCAUGGUGAUAUCUUCACGGUGCGUGUGGCUGGACGUUAUGUGACAGUGCUGCUGGACCCCAGCUCAUAUGAUGCUGUGAUAGAGGACUCUGUGUCUCUGGACUUCACACGCUAUGCACAGGUUCUCAUGGACAGGAUCUUUAGCCUGCGGCUCCCCCAUCACAACCCUGCUGUAGAGAAGGCCAUGAUGAAACAGCACUUUGAGGGGGAGAGCCUGUCCUGCCUGAGCAGCACUAUGCACUGCCAUCUCCAGUCCCUGCUGCUGCAAGCCUGUCACAACCAGACUGACUGGAACACGGACGGGCUCUUCAGCUUCUGUUACAGUCUUCUCUUCAGGGCAGGGUACCUCACACAUUUCGAAGGGGAGCAGAAAAGUAACAGAACAGACCCCAUUGCCGUUUACGCGGAGUACCGGAAGUUUGACAACCUCCUGACCAAAAUGGCCAGGACCAUGCUAAAACCAGAGGAGAAGAGGACUGCCCACAGUGUACGGGUGCGUCUGUGGGAUCUGUUGGCCCCGGCGGGGCUGGGUAAGGGCUCGGGGUCCAGCACCUGGCUGAGAUGCUACAGGCACCUUCUGCAGGAGGAGGGAGCUGACGAGGAGACACAGAGGAGAGCCCUGCUGCUGCAGCUCUGGGCCACACAGGGUAACGUUGGACCUGCUGCAUUCUGGCUCUUGGGUUUCCUGUUGACCAAUCCUGAGGCCAUGAGGGCGGUGAAGAAGGAGUUCAGCAAGAUCUCAGGGCAGGACUCAGCACAGUGUCCCCUACUGGACAGGCUACAGCACACACCUGUGUUUGACAGUGCCUUAGAAGAGACGCUGAGGCUCAGUGCUGCCCCCUUCAUUACCAGAGAGGUAGUGCAGGCAAAGACCCUGCACAUGGCCGAUGGGCAGGAGUACAAACUCAGGAGUGGGGACAGAGUGUGUCUGUUCCCAUUCAUAAGCCCUCAGAUGGACCCUGAGAUCCACCAGGAACCACAAAGAUUCAAGUAUGACCGCUUCCUCAACCAGGAAGGUUCUGUGAAGAAGGACUUCUUUAAAGGAGGGAGACGGCUCAAGUACUACACCAUGCCAUGGGGCGCGGGCACCAAUGGCUGUGUGGGCAAACGCUUUGCUAUCAGCUCAAUCAGACAGUUUGUGUACCUGGUGCUGUCUCAUCUAGAACUGGAGCUGUGCGAUCCAGAGGCUCAGAUGCCAGAGGUGAACUCCAGUCGCUAUGGGUUUGGAAUGUUGCAGCCCGAAGGAGACCUGGCCAUCAGAUAUAAACCUAGACGGUCACAUUGAAGACAGAGACGGGUGCGGAGAUCUCUCAAACCAGACAUCGAUGUAUGCUCAUUUCAAGGUGUUUGACAUAUGUCAAUAUAAAGCCUUGUAUGUAUUUUUAUACCAACACAAAUGUACAGUGUAAUGUUAUUGUGCUAUUUAUCUUGAAUUAUAAUUUGUAUAUUUCACUUUAAAGUUUUUGUUUUUGUUCUUCACUAUUUUGUUUAUACAAUAUGCUGUAUCAAUGAUUAGCUUGGCUUAAUAAUACCAGCCCCAUGUGUUUAAAGUGCUUUCCAUAUAAGCCCCACCUAAUUACAAUUAUAUAUAUAUUUUUUUAAUGUUCACAACAAAUUUGGAGCUUAUCCCAGUGAUUAAUUGGUGUCAUAAAUCCCCUCCAGUCUCAUGACAGUUGUGUCCAUUGCAUCAGAGAACUAUUUGGUAGAUGCUUUGAGAGUAAUGGGGUGGCUGGCCACUCUUUAAACAGAGCUAACCACACAUUCGUCACACUGACAUUGCCCUGCUGGAUGGAGGCAGAGUGAAUGGAAAGUUUAGAAUUAUAUGUCAUUUGAAAAUAAUUGAUAGCCCAGUUGACCAAUAAGAGUUGGCCUACUUUUUCGUCACUCUUUACAUUACUGAGUCCAUAUCCCCCUAACAGGUUUCUGGGGAUCCCAGCAGCAUAACAUUGAGUGGUAAGCUUAUGCAUGUACAAAGAGGUUGCAAUUGUAAAGCAUGAUGUAUGUAAACCCUGGCUUGCUGAAGCAAUGUAUUGCCCAUUGAGAGGCUUUGGAAACCACUGGUCGGCCAUAUUGGCACUCCCAAGUAGGAGCAGUCCUCCGUAGGAAUUAAUGGAAUUCUACAGUAUUUUAAUUAAAAGGACAAAAUCACAUGUAUUUAAGUAUUUGUUUGUUGUAGUGGGGACAGUAACAUUUGUACUCUCUAAAGAAAAUACAUUAAGGAAAAUGUUUAUACAUUUUUUUUCUUUUUUUAAAUGUUUAGUUCACGUAAUAUAAUUUCAAAGAAUGCAUUAAGGCCUCUGUAAUAUAAUAAAGGGGUCAAAAACGCAUGUAGACAUUAAUACAUGCAUUUCUAUUGCUUCCAAAAUCUUUUUGUUACAAUUGAGGAGGAGUACCAAGAUAACUGUGUGGUUUCUUCAAUAAAGAGCCCCCUGUCAGUCA